UGUUAGUUAUUCGCAAUGCAAUUAAAAUGAAACAACGCAUAAGAAUUUUAUUGUUCGCUUCAUGUGUGUUCAGUGCUGUUAUCGCUGAAGGUCCCACUUUAAAUGAAUCCACGGUAGGUAUUCACUUAAAAUUAAACAAAGAUGGCAUAUUUCGUCUUGAUCAAGACAACAGGACAGACAAUAACUUUAAAAAUUAUCAACGUUCUCAACCAGUAACAUAUAUAAAUGAUAGUAAAUCUGAUGAGAAGUACGAAGGGGAAAAUGAUGACGGUGUUCGUGAGCGAACGAAUAACCGACCAAUGGAUCAAGGCACAAGAUACCAUCAUUUUAAAGAUACACCUCAUCAUACUUUUCAUAACAAUUUCCGCAGUAGAAAUUAUAAAUAUACUACUGACAGAAACAGUUAUCUUAGAAAUUUUAAUACAAAUAAUCACAACACACAUCAUUAUAGUAGAGGUGAUACAAAAAACUUUAGUAGUGAAGAAAAUGAUAAUAACGAGCGUGAUUCAUCUGUAAGAUAUAAAGGAUAUCACCAUCAAGAUAAAAAUAACGAACACUUUCUAAAUCGUAAAAAUGGAUUUCAUAACCGAAAUUAUGAUUUCCGAUACAAUAUGCAUUCUAAAUUCCAUAAUUUCCAUCAGAAACCAAAAUUCAAUAGUCGAGAUCAAGAUUCCAGAAGAAAAAAUAACGAGGACGAUGAAAAUGGAAAUUCUGAAAUUCAUCAUUUGCAUCGGGAUCAUCGAUUUAAUGAUCGAAAUCAUGACUCUAGAAGAAGAAAUUAUGACAAUUCUGAAAAUGGAAAUCACCAACAUCAUCAUUUUCGGCAUAAUCAAGGAUAUAAUUUUCGACAUGAAGAUUCCAAAAUGAGAGAUGAUAAUAGAGAUGGGAGUUCUGAAAUUCAUCAUUAUCAUCACAGAUAUCGGUCAAGAUUAUAGAAAAAUGUAAGAGACUAGAGAAGGCAAAUUAAAUUCAAAUCAAGACGUAGUCUACUGGGUAAAAUAAAAAGCUACUCUAAUAAUUUGAAGUAGCAUCAGACAUUUUAAGAACCAGAUAUUAAGAUAAACAGCCUAUAUCCUCAAUCAACCAGAGGGAGUAUGGAGCAUACUCCAUGUACCACGCUGCUUCACUGGGGAUUGGCGGAAAUAUUUAAAAGAUGCUUAUUUAUUAACUUAUGUUCUUUUUGUGAUUAGUCAGUUGGCUAAAUAAAGUAUAUCACAGGCUAGGUACAUUUUUUAAAAGAACUAACCAAAGACAGCUUCAAAACAUUCUAAAUUAUUAUCUUACCAACGAAACCAAACAUCCUGUCCCCAAGGUCUGUGCAAGUUUGAUUCAAUCCAGAUGCACUAUAAAUCAUGGUCUGUCUUCACAAGCUAUAACUUUGUUACAACUUCCACAAACUUGGCAUACCUGACUACGUUGGAUUAAUUAAAGGAUUCCAUAACAACAAUUAUCUUUGAAUAACGUCUAGUAUGCUCGUAAGUGAAACGGAUUGUCUUUUGAGUUGGAAUAGUGUCUGAUUAUGAAGUUUAGAUGUAAGACGAGAAGGUAUUUAGUAGGAGUAAUUAGAUUGAAGUUUAUCGCUUGUUCUUCUCCGCUGUUUUGAUAUUAAUAUGAAGUUUUAGAGUAAUAUGUGAUCAAGUCUUAAAGUGAGGAAAGACAAUAAGUAAGUUUUAAUUAGAGUUUGCUCAUAUUAAUUGUAGUUUGGAACUUACGGUAUUAUUAGCUUAAAUUUCACUUGUUUAUGAUUUAAGGAACGUUCUUUGGAUACAUCCUGUUUUUCAAACAAAGUUCUGAAUUAAAUUACUGUUGCUAAAAUGACAUAAAUAAAGCAUUUCACAAUGA